AUGACCUGGCCGGCAUGUCUCUCGGAGCGCUUCAUCUCACCAUCUCUGCGCACGGCAUUCGGCAGCCUCCCCCGCCGCGCGGACAUCGAUACCGUCGUCGUCUUCCUCGCCGACCAGUUUGUCGGCGACUUUGACGGGAUGGGCGCAGAGUUCCAGCGGCUCGCGACAAGGUCCGAGUCUGAAGACCCAAACGAGAGUCCAGUCACGCCUGGUGAUGUCGACACACCGUUCCGUCUCCGUGUGCUCUAUCUCCUCUAUUACGCAAACCCCAGCAGCGAACAUAUCCAGACGCCGGAACGUGAAGACAUGACGGACGCGGAUUGCUCCGGAUCCGAUAGCGAUAUCCCUCCUCCACCCAAGGCAGUAAAGCGGCAGUCGUUGCCCCUCGAGUUCAAGAAGCCGAGACGAAAGGACGGCGGCAUGUUGUUGGUUAACAUCGAUAACAGUUUGUUGGCGCUGUUGGGGCGCCCACUCCAGCCCAAUCUCCCACGAGGCAAACCGAGGAAAGAGGUGGCCACCCCGAAGAGCAAGCGUGUCAAGAUGGAAGAAGGUUCCGAGCAGACACGGCCCUUCAUUGUGGACACGCGCGGUGGUAUACGUUCAAGCACGUUUGCGGCUGUGAUGCGCCUCGUCGCAGGCCUCGAGCCAGCCCGCUCCCCAAGGCCAACGGUCAAGCUACCAGCACCGGCCCGUGCACCACCAGUCUGGGCUCAGUCCCGGCAGGAGCUGUGCGAGGCGCUGCCGUACUACCGCGCGUUCCAGUCAGGAAUGUACAUGUGCAAGCGUGUGCCGUUUGGAUACCUGCUUGACGGGUUUCCAUCUCCGGGUGGACAAGCUGUUCGGGUCACGGAUGCGACAGGAAAGGUUUCUGUCUCCCUCGCGGCGGACCACACGCGAGACGACGCGCGGAUCGAUACCCUCGUUCUUGCUGCACAGCGGCAGUCGCCCAUUAUUCUCCUCGCGGGAGAAGGGUACGCUCUGCUUCCUUGGAAGCUAGGCUGCGCGUACGCCGUGUUAGGAUGGUACUGGGUCUCGUGCACCUGGUACGAGGCCGAGCCGUGUGCGCAUGGCGUUGAGCCGCGAGAUGACAGACAGUGGUUCCGUCGCCUCAAGGUUCGCUUCGACUGGAUCGAUACUCAAGGUACACCAUGGUGGCUCACAAAAGGGGAGCCGUGGGUUGCUCCGGAUGACGUCGUGGUCGCAAUCGAGGACGGACGUUUGCCUCCCACACCAGUCUCGCAGUACAAGGAGCUGGGGCAGCCUACCCAAAUCGCAGCCAUCAAAGUCCCGGUCUCCCAACUGGUGAACCCUCCAACACCGCCUCAAGACCCGCCUCCCCGGGUUGCCAGAGAGAGCAGUGGCGACCACAUGAUCGGAGACACACACGACGUUUGGGCGAGGCCACCGGCGAGUGAGAUCAGCACUUCGCCCUUUGGCGACCUGUACUUCUCGCCGCUUGCGAAAUCUCGAGGCGGAAGGCUCCCUGGCGACCAUCUUUUGGCCAACUACCACGACGAUCCUUCUCCUAGCAGUCCAUGGCGGGUAUCAGCCGAGAGCUGCCCAACUUGCUCCAACGACAGCCCACGGCUGUACGUGGAGGGCUGGACCUGUCUCGUCCCAGAGUGCACCCAGUUCUGGAUGCUGAUGACGGCAGUUGGGAUCGUCCCAAUUGCACCGUGCAUGAGGCUCAGCUACGACGAAUCUUUCCUUCGAGUGAUACCUACCCCUUUCGAUGCCUCCAGCCUCCCUUACAGCAUCGUCCCGCCUCUGCCAUCCUCGGCGCCGGGGGUCGAGGUACUAGAAGAGGCCGGUUCCCGGUCCCUCUGGCGUGGUUUCGUCUGCAUCUGUGGACGAAGCAACUGUCGCUAUCGUUGGGAAUGCCUGAGCUGUCGAGCGUGUGGUCGCCAGGUCGCGGCUCAGACGGACUCGGAUGUCGUCCCGGCCUGGCGGAUCAAGCACGGCAGGGCUGACCCACUUGGUGAGGCGGACGAAGGUUCUCCGGAUCUCCCCAUGUCGGUCAGCCGAAUGUCAGGCCCUUCUGCAACAGUGGUUGCGUACGAGUUACCGCAAGCUGGCACCCUUUACCAUGUGAUGUUCGACACCACCGGCCGGGCGGACGCUAUCUGGGAAGCUUACCAGCGCGCAGCGAUCCAGACACUGUCACCACUCUUCCAACGCCGCGCCCUCAAGACUAAAGCUGUCAAGGGUCAGCUCCUGUCGCAACAAUUUGCAAUCAACUCCGGCGCGUCGUACAAAUACAUUGUCGAAACGCUCAGCUACCCGUUCUCUGACUCGCCGGACUGCGUCAUGGAGGCGCUCGACGUAAUUCGCGAGUGCGUGGCGUCGGUCCUUGACGAGGCAGUCGACUUCAACGAGGUCCUCAGCGUCAUGUAUCGGGAGGGCCAGAAGAUGAGCUGGCACGACGACGGGGAGCAUGGGCUGGGACCAGUCGUCGCGGCCCUCUCACUUGGCAGUCCUGCCACUAUGUCGUUUCGGCCCAAGCUUGGCUACAAAGCCGCGCCCAAGAGCCCAUCUGUGCUCAACCUGACCUUGAUGCACGGGGAUGUGGUCAUCAUGGCAGGCCGUGCCAUUCAAUACCGGUACGACCACCGCGUCAUCCCGGAAGGUCUUCGCGUGGCAGCGACGGCACGCGUCAUUCGUGGGGCUUCUUCGCAGUAG